GGAGUUCGGAGUGUACUAGUCUCGCACGCGUAAAGCACGUAAUGUGCUAAUUGUGGUUUCAACUAUGAUGGAGGACCCGACCCAAGUGCUGUUCACAGAGUUGCCGGUGCCGCUGCUGUCUACCGCGGCUCUCCUCCGGCACCAUCACCACCCCGCCACCCGGUUCCAGCCCUACCACCGACUGCACCAGCCGCAGCACUUCCACACCGCCAUCCAUGAGCUGCACUCACUACAGAGGGCCUACGAGGAGGAAGAAACGAACGAACAAGACUUGGGAAAGACCCACAUCUCAUGCUUAUACCCGGAGAUCCUAGCCAUCAUCUUCAGCUACCUGGAUGUGCGGGAUAAAGGCCGCGUGGCCCAGGUGUGUACCACAUGGCGAGACGCCUCCUACCACAAGUCCGUUUGGCGCGGCGUCGAGGCUAAACUGCAUCUGCGGCGGGCCAACCCUUCGCUGUUCGCAUCGUUGGUGAAGCGUGGCAUCAAGCGGGUACAGGUGCUUUCUCUGCGGCGGUCAUUAAGAGACGUCAUCCAGGGUAUCCCCAACUUGGAGUCGCUGAACCUGAGCGGGUGUUACAACGUGGCCGACGUGGGGAUCUCACACGCCUUCGUUGCCGAGGCACCCUCACUCACCCAGCUCAACCUGUCAUUGUGCAAGCAGGUCACCGACACUUCCCUCAGUAGGAUAGCGCAGUUCCUCAAGAACCUAGAGGUGCUGGAAUUGGGGGGAUGUUGCAACGUCACUAACACGGGACUAGUGUUGAUCGCCUGGGGACUGAAGAAGCUGAAAAGACUGAAUCUGCGGUCGUGCUGGCAUGUUAGCGACCAAGGCAUAGGGCACCUCGCGAUAGGCAACCAAUCCUUGGAAUACCUCGGGCUGCAGGACUGCCAGAGGCUUUCGGAUGAAGCUUUAAAGCACGCCACGGGUCUCACCUCCUUGAAAUCUAUAAACCUUAGUUUCUGUAUUAGCAUAACGGACAGUGGACUGAAGCACUUAGCGAAAAUGUCGAAUUUGCGGGAAUUGAACUUGCGUUCUUGUGAUAACAUCUCCGACAUCGGCAUGGCGUAUCUUGCCGAAGGAGGCUCCAGGAUAUCAUCUUUGGACGUGUCCUUCUGCGAUAAAAUCGGCGACCAGGCCUUAGUGCAUAUCUCCCAAGGACUGUUUAACCUAAAAAGCUUAUCUUUAAGUGCGUGUCAGAUCUCCGACGAAGGCCUCUCCAAGAUAGCUAACACCCUGCAUGACUUGGAAACCCUUAACAUAGGACAGUGCAGCAGGGUGACAGACAAAGGUUUGACGACUAUCGCGGAAGCUCUUACGAGGCUGAAGUGCAUAGACUUGUACGGAUGCACUAGGAUCACCACCGUCGGCUUGGAGAAGAUCAUGAAGUUGCCCCAGCUGAGCGUACUGAACCUCGGACUGUGGCAUGUCAGGUGAAACGUGUUUGUUUUAAAUAGGGAUUUUUGCUAUGUACCCGCCAGAAAUUGCAUUUUUGCCUAUGAAUUUUCAUUGUACGGGGCGAUCCUGAACCCAAAACCUGCAGUGGAUUUUCUUUGUUGAUCUUUUUUUUAUUUCGUUGCUUCUGGACUCGAAAAUGCGCCAACUUAUCAACUAGGUAUGUAGAUACUUAUUUUUGUUUAACCAACGAAUACAUGUACAUGUACAAGAUUAUAUUUAUUCUUUUAUCUCAACAGUAGUCAAAUUAAUUUUUUUUUAAUUUCAUUGUUAUCACUUAAUAUUUUAAUUUAUUAAUUUUAAUAUCAGAAUUUGAUCCAAAUAAUAGAAAAAAAAUUGAAAAAGAAUAUUGCUGCCUUAAAACACUAGUAGGUGGGUACCUGCACUACCUGCGGACAUUCAGAAUAGGUACAGUCUCUGUAAAAUGUAUAAAUUGUAAGUAUAAUUUGGAAAUAUGCUUAUUUUUUCAAAUUAAUGACCUAUGUCUUACUAAUUAUAUAUCGUUUUAGCCAAUUAGAAACAAACUGAUAAAUAUGCAAAUGAUGAAAACAUACCUACACUACAGUUUUUAAUCAUAAUCAUACGUUUAAAUUUUAAUUAAUAUCCGUUCCAUUUAGGAAUCAGAUCAUGCGAGUCAGCAAUUUUAUUUUUCAUAUUUUGUGUGAUUUUUAAAUAAUCAAAAGAAUUGAUAAGCAUCAACAAACGAAUCCACAGCAACCCCGAUUGAAAAUUCAGUCUUCACUUUCUGGGAUCGCGUCGUGCAAUGACGAGCUAUUUAUAGAACCUCAUUGUUGUUUUAUCUAUUGUGCAAAAUGUCACUAGAUUUACAUUCCGAAAUUCUUACGGCAGACAUGGAUUUCUAACGGAUGCGCGCUGAACUGUGAUAGAUUCAAAACGAAUGACGUAAUCGUUCGAGGAAAGUGAGCACUUGCAGGUUAUGAUGUUUCAAUCGUUUUUUAAUUGUUCCCACGGAAUUGCGUCUCUUCUGGAACGUCACAGCAUCAAGGCUCGAUAUCGAAAUGAAUAUGGCAGGUGCCCAACGUCAAGUUUUAAAUUUUAUAAGUAGUAGAGACAAUUCAGAGCAGUCGUCUUAUCGCUUAUGAUGAGGCUUGUAAAGAUUAUUCUAUUUAGAAUGGUACGCAAUAACUUCAGAUCUAUAGAUAAUGCGUUUAUAAAUACUUAUAAGGGGUCAAAGUUGUCGAAACCUCGAUCUUAUAAUUCUCGUACAUAACACAAUUUCCUAAAAUUUUACAGUAGAAAGUUGGAUUGAGUAACGGCUAAAAAUGUGAAAAUACGGUCUGUGGACCGAUUUCUACAUUUUUUUGCGCAAAAAGCGAAUCGAAUCGGUUUUUUUCCUGGCGUCUUCAGACUUUGGAAACCGGUCCAUGGUUUUACGGUUUGUAAAGUUAAAAAUUGCAUUUCGGUUAUGUAACCGAACGAAAAUGACAAAGGAAAACAGAUUUCUUGUUGGUAUUCAAGAAAUUAGAUUCGGCGAUCGGUUUUUUUCUAUUUCAACAUCAUUAAAUUGCCAUUCUAAAUUAUUUAACGAGAUAGAACCCUUUUUAUUAUAUUCUACUGCUAGUUAAAACAAAUAGGAAUUAUAAGAAAUUGAGUGAAACGCUUUAUUUUUUAUUGUUUUUUUUUUCAAAAUCUAAAUAGUUAAUAUUACUUUUGCAACUUGUACCUAAUAAUAGGUAAGUCUGCCGCCAUUUUGAAACCAUUUAUUUUGGAAGAAUAACGAAUCUGUUUUAAAUAAAAAUAGAAAAGAUUAUUUUUUCAGUAAAUAAACCAACUCCGCAUAUGUAAAUAAAUUAUGUAUACCAUUACCUCCCUUGUUUAAAAUUUUUCAUGAUCAAUUCUAAGAAUUUACAGUAUAUUUUAGGAAACAAUUGUUUCCAGAUUAACAUUUUUUCAAAAUCAAACAAAAACUUCAUAAAACUGUCAUAUUUUGAUUCUUAUUUAUGAUCUGACGUAGUUAUAAGUACAUUUUUUAACGGGAAAACAUAUCUACCUUUUAUUAAUUUUUGAGCAUUUAAUUCUAGAUAAUGUUUUAUUUAAAUAAUGUAGGUAUAUCCAUAUUUUGUUUAACAAGAAUAUCCAAAAGCCUGUAGAUAUACCUACUUAAAACAAUUAGGUAUUGUAAGAAUACCUACCAGGAUCACAUUGAAAAAGAUUUAAGCUUAUAAAAUAAGUAUUACCUGAGAAUUUAAUUAUUUGAAUAUUUUUCAAAUGCCAGAAUUUAUAAUUUUGACAAAUAUGCAAAAAUAAUGGGGUGCCUACUUUCAAAGUUGGUAUUCUGAUAUAAAUAGGUAAAUGAUGUAAGAUACCUAGGUAUGGUUACAUAAUAUGAUACGUAGGCGUAAGCAAAACAUGGUUUGAAAUUAGAUCUCCGCGUCUCCAUGAUAAGUAAUUCUCCGUUUUUUCCCAGUUUUUUCUUGCAAAUAUGGGUAAUAAUAUCUACCUAAUAGAAAUUUUUAAAGGGAAAUUGAAUAUAAAAUGCAGGGAAAUCUGUAAUUUUUUGCUAAAAAACUUACAUAAAAUUUAAAUGUAACGAUCUCUGAACCCCUCACGUGAAAUUUAAAAGUAAAAAAUAUACUUUUUACACAAUUUCAAGAGUUAGUGUCGCUGUUAGUUCUUCACACAACCCGUAUUUAUUACUAAUACGAUUCAAACUGUUAGCAAGGUAAUUUGACAGCGAUUAUGUAUUAGUAUUAUUAUUGGUUUUAUAAGUUACGCUGCCAUCUAGUUCUACUUUUAAUUAAUAAUUAACUUUGAUCAUUCCGAGCCACGGAGUGCAAAAAUAGGCAUAUAUACCAAUCUCGGUAGUUAAGUGCCCGUUAAUGAUUUUAAAGAUGGACAUUAGUUCAUUGGUAUACAGGGUAUGCCACUUAACAUUCCCGCUACGUUUACUUAAAAUUUAAACGACGUAUUUUAUAUCGCUAUUAACAAUAAGCGGAGGACAGUAAAAGGUUUAAUUUGACAGAAAAAUAUUUUCUUUUUCUUUAUUUGCAGCUGUAUAGAAACAUCGUUUCUAUUUGCUUGCCCCGUAAAUUUAACUGUUUGUCAGAUAUUUGCAAGUUUUUUAUCGCUUUUGACCGCUCUUUUAAUAAUUUUUUAAAAUACAAGUUUUUGACACCUAGAUUUGUAUUUUAAUCAUUUUACACGGUUAGAUGGACAUUAUUAAUCAGUUAAAAGGCAUUAACUAAAUGCCAUACACCUUCCAGUUGAAC